GGAGUAGUAUUUAUGAAGUGUCGGUAAUAGGUGAUGUUAACAUCAGCCGCCAUUUAGUUUUGUCUGCUAGAGGUGACAAUAAUCAGGGAAUCAUUGUUAUGAAUUCUUGUAGGUAGUUUGCUGGAAAACUUUACAGAUAAAUCAUUCAAUGAUUGAACUGUUAGUCAUUUGUUAAAACAAAAUGUUUUUGUCAUUUUAAGUGUUUCAAUUUUAAGGUAAUUUAACGUAAUUUCUUAGGUGUUCGAUAACUGGUUCGUCCACCAUAAUAACCGGUUGACUUAAUGGGGUUUUCCGUCGGAAUUUUCACGUUUUAACUAUCAUUAAAAGUUGGAACAAACGGUUUGGAUUAUUUAAAUGGUUGAAACAAUAAAUUUAAAUCACGUUUGUCUGGAGGAUUCUCGUGUAAAGAUCGAGCCUACCAUUUGGGUGUUUUCAUGACGGUGUGUAUAAUCAAGCUGACAUACUGUUUCCCUGAUGUUCCUUCCUAGCUGAGGUUAUUAGGCCUGAGUUCGCCUGCUUAGGGAGCUAUUAAAAUGGCGACCAACGAAUUAACAGAGGAUUAUCUGGAAGAGCAAGUCCUGUUUUGGAGAAAAGAUAUCACGAGGUGCAUACAGAAACCAACCCUCGUCUCCCAACUGGCCGCUCUCGAUGUCAUAAGUCACGAUGCAUCAAUGAAACUUCAUGACGUCUUUACAAAAAAUAUUGCUUUAGUUGCUGCUGACAAAUUGAUAAAAGCCGUCUACAAGAGCAAAGCACCUAACAAGUGGUCUUCCUUUCUUAAAGCACUCGACGAGGAAGGAUUAGUGUAUUUAAAAGAACUCAUAGAGGAAGGCGCCCACGAAACGCCAGAAGAACGCGAACAUGGUCGUAAAAUGAUCCAGAUAUUUGCUCCUGAACUGGAGAGACGAGUUGAACCUCUCGAUUUGUUGCCUGACUUAAUUUCACGAGAUGUAAUAGAUAAAGACGACGCAGAAGCGGUCCGUAUGAUGCAAGCGAAUUAUGGUAGAAGCUAUGCGGUUGUAUGUAUGUACAGACGAAUGCAGAGUCGUUUACGUCCUGCGAAAUGGUACUACGAGUUUCUCUGCGUUCUUAAAAUACAAGGAUAUGAAGACAUUCUGGACAUUAUGGAACCGCAAUUUUUGAAAUCACCCACUGCCUAUAUCCCAAAGCCAGGGGAUAAAUGGAUACCAAAGAAGCCAUAUAGAUGUAAUGAUGAGACUGAACAUGUUUUAGAAGAAGUUCACUAUCCCAGUCAGGAAACGAAACUGAAGUCCAAUCCAUCCAUCUGGAAUGCAAAUUUAAAUACUCAACAUAGAUCUCCUGAAGGCUGGUUGUAUGAUCGCCGAACUGAAAUGAUGUCCCUUGAGCCGGAGACCAUUUCUGAGUCGACUUUUCAUAACAGGGAUCGAAUGCAUUUUGCUCUAGCCCACAAGGUGGGGCAGGACUUGGACAGAACUAAUGGUUGGUCCAGGAGGCCUUCAUUGUCGUCCAUGUCCAUAUCAUCAGAAAGCUGUUCACAUAUUUCUGAUGAGGCUAGCACUUACGACGGUCCUCUGCAUUUGCAAGUGGAUCACGCUAAACGAAUUACCGGAAACCGAAAUGACAUGCGUAUGAAUCGAAAUCCUGAAAAAGAUGUCAGCUAUGACAGUUCAUCGUCUCAGUUUGAUCCGUCAGAAGACACUGAUGAAUUCUGCUCUGACGAUGAAUCUUCAUUGUAUGACGACAUCGAAACUAUGGAAGAUACAGAAGAUGAUAUUGAAAAUUUCGAAGAUAGUUUGGAGGAUUUCCAACUGGAGCUUGCGGAAAAGGCUCUACAAGGUCACAAUACGAUUAUCUGGUCGCCAACAAAUACAGGGAAGACUUAUGUGGCCUUGAAAAUAAUGAAGGAUCAUCUUGUUAAUCACCCUGGAGGACGUAAGAAGAUUGCUUUUAUGGCCAAAACAGUCCUUCUGAUCAAGCAACAAGCGGAGAGAAUAAUAAAGCAUCUCCCAGAUUUCAAUGUGAAGCUUGCGAAUGCCGACAGCGAGGAAUCCUUAGCACUUGGGGCGUUCAUGGAAAUGGUGGACGUGUUUUGUUUCACUCCGCAGAUUCUAGUGAACAACCUGAAAAAUGGGAGCAUUAAACGCAUUUCCGAGUUUUCAUUGUUAGUAUUUGACGAGUGUCACCAUUCUAAGGGGUAUGGUCCAUAUACCAGUCUGUUGCACAUUUAUCUUCUGGAGAAGGCCAACAGGACUGUACAGAAUGCACGGCUUCCACAGAUUGUAGGCCUAACAGCUUCGUUGCCGGUUGGGAAAGUAGAGACGGUUGACGGUGCUCUCGAUAGCAUCAUAAACCUAUGCGCAAUGCUGGACGUUAAAAUCAUAUCUUCAGUCGAACGAUGUAUAGAGAGUCUAAAGAAAAGGACAUAUGUACCCAACGAAGAAAAGAUACCACUGGUAAUUCGGACAUCUGAUCCCUGUGGAAAAAUACUUCUGGAGCAGUUGUUUGAAGUGGAGAAACUUCUUCAAGAGACAGCUCUAACAAACCCUGAAAUGGUUUCCGUAAUGUACGUCAGCAGUACUAUUCAAGAAAGGGAGUCCCCGGCAUAUUACAAAUGGGCGAUGGAUGUGGACCGCAUAGCAAUGCAGAACGUGAAACACGAUAGAACCCGCAGAGACAUUCGCGCAUGUGCUAGCUACAUAACGAUUUAUGCUGCUGCCUUGGAAAUAAACACGCUACUAGAAACGGAGGACAUUGCGAGAUUUCUUGCCCAAAGGAACAAACGCGACACCGAAGCCAGUGAGAAGCUUACGGAACUAGAAAGUAAACUGCUCAGGCAGUUCAAAAGAGUACAAGCUAACCUGUUAAAUGUGAGCAAAACAGCCGGGACUAACCCAAACGUGAGAACAGUCUGUGACAACUUAAAAGAAAUGAUGAGUAAGGACGAGGUCGGAUCCAGAGCAAUGAUUAUGGUGAAGGCACGUGUCACGUCUCGUGCACUGGCAAGAUUUAUCAACAAAGACUUUAAGUCGUAUGGAAUUCGGGCGAAAGAGCUUUAUGGACAAGCGGAUCUGGGCGGAGAAGAAGGAAUGGACCAAACAAUGCAAAAGACCAUUCUUGAUCAGUUCAACAAAGGUUAUUACAAAGUCCUCGUAUGCACAUCUGUGGGGAACGAAGGACUUCAUACUCCAGGUUGCAACAUUGUAAUAAAUUACAAUGUCUUGGGCAACGAAACUACAAAGAUUCAAAUUCCAGGGCGUGCACGAAAGCCAAAUUCGACACUCGUACUUGUCGGUACACAUAAACUGUUCGACCACGAUCGCAUGAACGCAUUCAAAGUUUUACUGAUGAACCAGGCAGUCAUACAAUUUAAAGCUAUGGACAAAAAAGAGUUGUCGAUUCGAAUUUCCGCACAACAGAAGAAACUGAGGAAUGCAAAUAUUUCGAAGUUGGAACUCAGAGAAAUGAAAAUCAACAGGAAGUCAAAAGGAGUAGAUUACAUUAUCAAGUGUCAGAGGUGCAAGACUCAUAUCUGUAUGAGUUCUGAAAUUCGAAUCCUUGGCACAGGGCGUUUUCCAAUAAAUUUCGAGGUCACAAAACACGUCGAAUUGAGUGAACGUAAAAAAGUCACGAGUUUUGAUGGAAUAAAAUUGGUGAAGUCUGCUCAUUGCAAAAGGUGCCCUGUACAAUGGGGAACGGUAGCCGAAACGAAAGGAUUGGCUUUGAUUUUUUUAUCAUGUGUCGCCGUUGUGUUUGAAAGCACUGGCUCGAGCCGACUUCAGUCUUACAAGAAAUGGGACGAUGUUCCAUAUGACUUUCCAACAAUUGACGCGGCGGAUAUCCCUUGCGACUUUGAAAAAAGCUGGAUGAGUGAGUUGUAAUGCGCUGCUAAAAACAAAAAAAUAUCUACAUUUGUGUUGCUGCGCACAUGUAUCUAGAUAUAGAUAAAGUACAAUCCAGACAUGACACAGACGUGUGCCUAUUGUUAUGAUGUUUUUUUUUGCGGACACUGGUUGUAUUCUUAUGACCUGCUGCACUGAUGUUAACAUUACACCAUUAGUGCUGCAUCUUUUUCAUGUUGUGUCCAAUAUAUCGUGUUUUAACAUUUUGAUAUUUUGUGUACAUCAUGUUGAAAAUAUAAUUUUGCUUACGUUUGCCUAAUAAGUUAUGUUCGUAAAAUCUGUUAAUGAUGUGUUAAUUAGAACUCGCACGGGCCAUUUACGUACUUAGCGACAAAACGACAUAUAUGUUAAUGGGACUCAAUUCUAAAAAAAACAUACGAAAUAAAAUGUAUAAAGUGAAAAGGUAUUAUUAAUUAUUAUUGACUUUUUCAUAUGUACCAUUCAAAUUGAAAGCACAAACUUGUGCAAAUACGUUGUAGAUAUUUGUAAUAAAGAUUGUUGAUUGUU